UUUCCCCUCAAGUGGGAAGUGAGUGGAACACGAAUAGACCAAUGAAAUCAAUGUGCAAGUUUACCUGACUGAGCCUACAGUAGCGGGUCUGUGAAUAUGGAGAGCUCAAUUUUGGAACCAUCUUUGCUGACAGUGAAAGCUGUCCUAAUCAUUGACAACGAUGGAGAGAGACUGUAUGCCAAGUAUUAUGAUGACACAUACCCUUCAGUGAAGGAGCAGAAGGCCUUUGAGAAGAACGUCUACACCAAAACACAUCGUACAGACAGUGAGAUCGCUUUUCUGGAGGGCCUCACUGUGGUGUACAAAAGUAAUAUUGAUUUGUACUUCUAUGUAAUUGGAAGUUCGCAUGAAAAUGAGCUGAUGCUGAUGGCAGUUCUGAACUGCCUGUUUGACUCCCUCAGUCAGAUGUUGAGGAAGAACGUAGAGAAGAGAGCAGUGCUGGAGAACAUGGAAGGUCUGCUGCUGGCCGUAGAUGAAAUCGUUGAUGGCGGGGUGAUUCUGGAGAGUGAUCCACAGCAGGUGGUGAGCAGGGUGGCGUUGAGGGGUGACGAUGUACCCCUCACUGAACAGACAGUCACUCAGGUUCUGCAGUCAGCCAAAGAGCAGAUCAAGUGGUCUCUGCUGCGAUAGGCUGGACAGGACAGGCCAGGCAGAUGGACAUCAGGUUGAAGAAGGGGAAACAUCUGUACACUUUCACUGCACACAUCACACCGUUCAUUCACUGCUGUUUCUCUUCUGUGCUGCUUCAAUCGGGCGCGCUGAAACUCAGGAAGGUAGUUCUUUCUUGCUGUCAUUGGGUACGCGUCCACCAAAAGUCAUCUGAUUGAGUAGAGAAGACCGUACUCACCAUGUUCAGGUUGCUUAGACGUGUUUCGGCCUGAAAUGCAUCUGUGUAACCAGGACAUGGUGCAUUCAACUUUUUACUAAAGAGAAUGAGCACGAGAGUGCCCUCUUCUCUACUCUAUCUCGUCUUUGAUAUCCAGGGAACAUUUACAGCACUGAAUGAGAAUAGCAAUGGGGAUCGUAUAUUUUCUACAUAAACACACCAUAAUGCCUUACAUUUCCUUUUGGAACUUCAAUCAGUCAUUCCUAUUGAGUUGAGAGUGUGAAAG